UCUUCCCAACCUGAUAAUUCAUUUUGGAUAGGCCUUUCUCGGCCCCAGACUGAGGUACCAUGGCUCUGGGAGGAUGGAUCAACAUUCUCUUCUAACUUGAAUCCAGAUGCAGGCCAAGUACAGCAGCACGAGGGACAUGCUGGAUGAUGAUGGGGACACCACCAUGAGCCUGCAUUCUCAAGCCUCUGCCACAACUCGGCGUCCAGAGCCCCGGUGCACAGAUGCAAGAGGAAGAAAGAGCCAAACCCUGCUUUCUCUUCUGUUCCCUGCAGAGCACAGGGCUCCCUCUUCAACGUGGCGACCGGUGGCCCUGACCCUGCUGACUUUGUGCUUGGUGCUGCUGAUAGGGCUGGCAGCCCUGGGGCUUUUGUUUUUUCAGUACUACCAGCUCUCCAAUACUGGUCAAGACACCAUUUCUCAAAUGGAAGAAAGAUUAGGAAAUAUGUCCCGAGAGUUGCAAUCUCUUCAAGUCCAGAACAUAAAGCUUGCAGGAAGUCUGCAGCAUGUGGCUGAAAAACUCUGUCGUGAGCUGUAUAACAAAGCUGGAGCACACAGGUGCAGCCCUUGUACAGAACAAUGGAAAUGGCAUGGGGACAACUGCUACCGGUUCUAUAAAGACAGCAAAAGUUGGGAGGACUGUAAAUAUUUCUGCCUUAGUGAAAACUCUACCAUGCUGAAGAUAAACAAACAAGAAGACCUGGACUUUGCCGUGUCUGAGAGCUACUCUGAGUUUUUCUACUCUUAUUGGACAGGGCUCUUGCGCCCUGACAGUGGCAAGGCCUGGCUGUGGAUGGAUGGAACCCCUUUCACUUCUGAACUGUUCCACAUUAUAAUAGAUGUCACCAGCCCAAGAAGCAGAGACUGUGUGGCCAUCCUUAAUGGGAUGAUCUUCUCAAAGGACUGCCAAGAAUUGAAGCGUUGUGUCUGUGAGAGGAGGGCGGGUAUGGUGAAGCCAGAGAACCUCCAUUUCCCCCCUGAAAUAUUAGGCGAAAGUGACUGAUUCAUCUUCUGCAACUACAAAUAGCAGAGUGAGCCAGGCGAUGUCAAUGCAAGGGCUACUUGAGACAUUGGGAAAUGGAACAUAAUCAGGAAAGACUAUCUCUCUGACUAGUACAAAAUGGGUUCUUGUGUUUCCUGUUCAGGAUCACCAGCAUUUCUGAGCUUGGGUUUAUGCACAUAUUUAACAGUCACAAGAAGUCUUAUUUACAUGCCACCAACCAACCUCAGAAACCCAUAAUGUCAUCUACCUUCUUGGCUUAGAGAUAACUUUUAGCUUUCUUUCUUCUAAAUGUCUAAUAUCCCCUCCCUGUUUUCAUGUCUUCCUUACACUUGGUGGAAUGAGAAGCUAUUUGAAGUAGAGGAAAUACAUUGAAGUAACAUCCUUUUCUCUGACAGUCAAGUAGUCCAUCAGAAAUUAGCAGUCACUUCCCAGAUUGUACCAGCAAAUACACAAGGAAUUCUUUUUGUUUGCUUCAGUUCAUACUAGUCCCUUCCCAAUCCAUCAGUAAAGACCCCAUCUGCCUUGUCUAUGCCCUGUUUCCCAACAGGGAUGUCACUUGAUAUGAGAAUCUCAAUGCCUUAUAAACAUUCCUUCCUGUGUCCAUUAAGACUCUGAUAAUUGUCUCCCUUCCAUAGGAAUUUCUCCCAGGAAAGAAAUAUAUCCCCAUCUCAGUUUCAUAUCAGAACUACUGUCCCCGAUAUUCCCUUCAGAGAGAUUAAAGACCAGAAAAAAGUGAGCCUCUUCAUCUGCACCUGUAAUAGUUUCAGUUCCUAUUUUCUUCCAUUGACCCAUAUUUAUACCUUUCAGGUACUGAAGAUUUAAUAAUAAUAAAUGUAAAUACUGUGAA